ACCCCGCCCCAGGCCCUGAAGGAAAUAGGGACCCGGCCUAGAGUCUUGUGUAGCGGAAGGGGGAGCUAGGAAGAGGCUGAGGGCAGAAUCCAGGAGGGCCUGGCUGCGGGGGAAUGAAGCCUCCGCCUUCUCGGGCCGAAGCCUUUAAAUACGGGCUCAGGCCCUGGACUCAGGGUGCAGCGCGUGGCAGCUUGAGGGAGAGGCGUGCGCCGAGAGGGAGCACAGGCAGAACGGGGCGCGGGUGGAGAAGCUGCGGCAGCGCGGCGCGUAGGAAGGUGCUGUCCGAACGAUCGGGAUAGGAGUGGUCCCCGCGCUUGCUGCUGGUAAGUGGUACAAUCAUGUUUGAAAUUAAGAAGAUCUGUUGCAUCGGUGCAGGCUAUGUUGGAGGACCCACGUGUAGUGUCAUUGCUCAUAUGUGUCCUGAAAUCAGGGUAACGGUUGUUGAUGUCAAUGAAUCAAGAAUCAAUGCAUGGAAUUCUCCUACACUUCCUAUUUAUGAGCCAGGACUAAAAGAAGUGGUAGAAUCCUGUCGAGGAAAAAAUCUGUUUUUUUCUACCAAUAUUGAUGAUGCCAUCAAAGAAGCUGAUCUUGUAUUUAUUUCUGUGAAUACUCCAACAAAAACCUAUGGAAUGGGGAAAGGCCGGGCAGCAGAUCUGAAGUAUAUUGAAGCUUGUGCUAGACGCAUUGUGCAAAACUCAAAUGGGUACAAAAUUGUGACUGAGAAAAGCACAGUUCCAGUGCGGGCAGCAGAAAGUAUUCGUCGCAUAUUUGAUGCAAACACAAAACCCAACUUGAAUUUACAGGUGCUGUCCAACCCUGAGUUUCUGGCAGAGGGAACAGCCAUCAAGGACCUAAAGAACCCAGACAGAGUACUGAUUGGAGGGGAUGAAACUCCAGAGGGCCAGAGAGCUGUGCAGGCCCUUUGUGCUGUAUAUGAGCACUGGGUUCCCAGAGAAAAGAUCCUCACCACUAAUACGUGGUCUUCAGAGCUUUCCAAACUGGCGGCAAAUGCUUUUCUUGCCCAGAGAAUAAGCAGCAUUAACUCCAUAAGUGCUCUGUGUGAAGCCACAGGAGCUGAUGUAGAAGAGGUAGCAACAGCCAUUGGAAUGGACCAGAGAAUUGGAAACAAGUUUCUAAAAGCCAGUGUUGGGUUUGGUGGGAGCUGCUUCCAAAAGGAUGUUCUGAAUUUGGUUUAUCUCUGUGAGGCUCUGAAUUUGCCAGAAGUCGCUCGUUAUUGGCAGCAGGUCAUAGACAUGAAUGACUACCAGAGGAGGAGGUUUGCUUCCCGGAUCAUAGAUAGUCUGUUUAAUACAGUAACUGAUAAGAAGAUUGCUAUUUUGGGGUUUGCAUUCAAAAAGGACACUGGCGAUACGAGAGAAUCUUCAAGUAUAUAUAUUAGCAAAUAUUUGAUGGAUGAAGGCGCACACCUCCAUAUAUAUGAUCCAAAAGUACCUAGGGAGCAAAUAGUUGUGGAUCUUUCUCAUCCAGGUGUUUCAGAGGAUGACCAAGUGUCCCGGCUUGUGACCAUUUCCAAGGAUCCAUAUGAAGCAUGUGAUGGUGCCCAUGCUGUUGUUAUUUGCACUGAGUGGGACAUGUUUAAGGAACUGGAUUAUGAACGUAUUCAUAAAAAAAUGCUGAAGCCAGCCUUUAUCUUUGAUGGACGGCGUGUCCUGGAUGGGCUCCACAAUGAACUACAGACCAUUGGCUUCCAGAUUGAAACAAUUGGCAAAAAGGUGUCUUCCAAGAGAAUUCCAUAUGCUCCUUCUGGUGAAAUUCCGAAGUUUAGUCUUCAGGAUCCACCUAACAAGAAACCUAAAGUGUAGACAUUGCCAUUUUUAUUUGUGAUUUUUUUGGUACUUCAGGAUAGCAAAUAUCUAUCUGAUAUUAAAUGGUAAAUGAACCAAGUGUUUUUAAGGAAACAAAAUUAUUUUUUUAAUCAUCAGAUUUAUACUAGCUAUAUGGGUAUUCGCAUAUCUGGUAAUUGAAUCUAGAAUUUUUUUACAUAUUUUUAUAAUACUGUUAGCUCAGUUAUUGGAUGAGUGAAAGAUAAUCAUGUUGGUUUUAAUAGUGUCAAUUUUUGUAAAAUAAAAAUUAAACUUCAAACACUUUAUAAAUGUCCAUAGGCAGCACUUUAAUAUCACAUUAUAAAGGGAAGGACAGUCUUCAUUUUUGCUGGUUAUUGGUUUGCUUGUCAUUAAAUAUGUCCUUUGAAUCUAUGAAAAUGCUAUGCUAAAUAGCCUUUACAUGUAUGGUCUGGUUAAAGUUCCUUUGAUCCUUUUAAUGAAAUGUGUCACUGAUUUUUUAGCUC